CAUCCAGGCGACAGCUCCAGUUCUUGCUCGACCGACUCAACCUCCUAAACACUCAGUGCACACUCGUGUGUGGUUUCGCCUUCACCUCCUUCUCGGCUGACGCGCUGCACGACAUGCCCUACGGAGACUUGCCGCUCCUCUCUGUGGUAUUUGUGCUCUUUGCUGGCUCUUCGAUGGCCGCUGCAGUCGCCGCCGUGUGCCUGGCGUCCUACGUGAUGCUGAUUGCUGAGAGACUGUCGCUCACGACCUCCGUGGUCAUCGCCAUCGCCGCUGCGAGAAAGUGGACCAUCCUGGUGUCAAAGAUGUACAUUGGCAGCCUCAUUGGCUUGUUCGGAUCUGCUGUGUGCCUCAUGUUCACCAUGUGCGACACGGGCGACCUCACGAACGAGAACUACUGCGUGAUCACUGCGAGCGUGGCCAGUAUUUUCUUUACGGGUACGUUCACCGGAACGGUGUAUGUUCUUCACAAGGCGAAGAAGCAGUUCGACCUCAUCAGGCAAAAUAAUACAAACUGGAUGGCGGAGGGCUCGAAUCUCGAGGAACUGCUGCCAAAGGGCUCUGUGGGAAGCGAUGCGCACGGAGUCUUGCCCUCACCUGAGGGGCCUCACAAUGCACCCUGGCGGCUAUAGCGCUUGUAAGUGUGUGAGCGUGUGCGUGCGCUUGUCUUAUGCAGUAGCUCAGACAGACGAACGCAGUUUUACUCCU